UUUAAUCGCAAAAUGUUGGGUUUCGGUAAAGAAAAUAAUAAAAGUAAUAAGAAAAGUGUCAGUUUAUCUCUGCCAAAUCCGCAUUUUUUCUUAACAAUACCGAAACACCGUGGCAGUCUUGCUUCUGAGGCUUUAUCGGAUGUUCCAAGUGAUAUUAUUAUAAAAUCGCGUAUCAAAUAUGGAAGCCGUUGGUCUGCUUGCAAAGGUUUACUCAUGGAGUACUCCAAAAGUACUACAAUACAUGGUAUACGUUACAUUUUUGAAGUUCAUCGUCCAUUUUAUGAGAAAUUAUAUUGGUUUUUCUUGAUUUCUAUAUCUCUGUAUUAUGCUGUUUCGCUUAUGUGGGAUACUUAUUUGAAAUGGCAAGAUUCUCCAGUUAUAUUGGGUUUUGAUGAAACUCUGGUGCCAGUACAUAAAAUACCAUUUCCUACAAUUACAGUUUGUCCUGAAAUAAAAACGGAUGCGAAUACAUUUAAUUUUGCAAACGUCUCAAAAAAAUUUUGGGAUGAAAUUGCUGAAACUAAUUCAUUUCAUAAUCAACAAAAUCUCACAGACGAAGAAAUUUUGAAUUUAGCUGCUACUUUACAUAUCUGCGACACCAAAGUAGCCGAAUCUUUUGCUCCAUUUGUGCCAAAAGACAUUUUACCGGAUGUAUCGCAAACACUGGUUGAUUUAUCCAUAACAAAAAAUGAAACCGGCCCGUUUUGUAAAUGGAAUGGAAGAUUCUAUUUUUGUGAUAAAAUUUUUAAUUUUGUACCAACGGAUGAGGGUAUUUGCUAUCAAUUCAAUGGCUUGCAAGCAAAGGAUAUAUAUCGCGAUGAAAGAUUUGUAAGUUAUCGAGACCCAGAAAUAGUCGAUUUUAACAAUUACUUCGAUCCAUUGCCCAAAUACAAUAACUUAUCUGGAAAUUGGUCACUAGAUGAUGGUUACAUAGAUCAGGGAUACAAUUCUUAUCCACAACGCACUGCUUUCUCUUCUGUUCGUAAUGCAUUUUUUGCGUUCCUUCAAGGCUAUGAACAUAAUUUUGAUUACGCAUGCCGUAGUUUUAGGCAGGGCUACAAGGUGUUCCUUAAUUCUCCCGAGAGUGUGCCACUUACUAUGGGCAACUACAUUUUAGUGCCGCAUGGAGAUGAGGUCAUGGUUAGUGUGCUGCCCCAAUAUGUUGAUUAA